AUGGGUUUCCAUAGUGUGGCCGUUAUUUCUCCUACACUGCUGCAGGCUUUCCAGCAGUAUUUCACAAGGGGUGAUGCGCUCUUCUUGCCAGAUAACUCCGAUAGAGUCCUCAACGCUCUUGAUCCCUCAGCUCAUGACUUGUCUCCCUCAAGCUGGGCCAUCCCAUUCCCACCGAAUUGGGAAGCACUCCAGCUUGAUGAUCCGACGCGCGUCCAAUGUGAAACAUUUAUUUUGCGGAAGCAGAAAGCCGAACAAGAGUGUAAACACCAUGGACAACCAGUGACCACUUCCCCCCAUUCCAUACAAGCUGUGACAACACAAUCCCCGACUCAACACCCAUACACUGCAUACCCAAUCAUGUACCCCCUUCUUCCCUUUCCUAGCCAACCAUCCCUCUUCCUCCCUCAACAAUCUACUACUCCUUCAGGAGGCUCUCCCCCUAUUGCCACGCUUGCUCCAGCACCCGACAUGAAGUUGCCAUCGAAAUCUCAAUCUGAUGGAAGAGGAGAAAAAUUACUUGAAAUCUGCUACCAAUGUAAUACACUAAAUCCUGACAAGGCGACAACAGAAGCGAGUUUCUAUCUCCCCAUCGACUACUCUGCAUCAUUUGCACUCUGCAAGAUUGAAGAAGGGAUGGAUGCCGAUGUUACCAAGCACGAAAUUGGCUAUCUUCCAACCUUUGAUGGAAAGCGGCGACGUGAUACUCCAAUCCAACUCAAGACUGUAGAGCAGAUGGAAAAGGCACUGCGUGAACUUCGCGAAUGCAUGUCUCGAGCCCAAACAAGUAAAAAAUUAUACAUUAUCAAUAUUAAACCGGUACCCAAAGCUGAAGACCUUGGGAAAUGUGGGAAAAGUCGUCGGUCUAAUACUCUAAAUGACACAAUCUUGUCCAACCCAGCUUCCGAAAAAUACACCAUGCUCGAAAAACAAUGGGAGUGUCAUAGAUGUCGUAGUUACUGUUGGCCACAUACACACGCAAGGGGAAAACACCUUCACCUUAGUAAUGCGAUGCUGUCCUUAUGGGCGCAACAGUGGACUGACCGCAUCCCCGGAGUUGAUCUCCACAACCCCCCAGCCCAUCACUGGUUUGAUGUGGCAGCUCUGAGAAAACAGACCAAGGCUGUCAAUGAGAAGCAGCAUCAAGAAUCUAAGAAGCGUUCGCGCGACACCAGUCCACCAAAAACCCCUACUAAAUCCAAAAAAGUCACAAGCCCUCCAGCAAAGAAGGUCAAGGUUGACGUGAUACCAGCCAAACAAGAGCCCAAAAAAGAAACCAUCAUCCUUUCUUCUGACCCAAUAACACCAGUAUUUCUCCGUCGCCGUUCAUCCAAAGUCGGAACUGACUUCGUUGAUCUUUCAUCUUCCCCCAUCCCAGGACCUUCCAAGAAGAAGGAUCCCGUUAUUUUCAACCUUUGCAGCGACAGUUCUGCUGAUGAUUUUGACAUAGAGUACACAAAAUGUUAG